AUGAACUCUGCACAAUUAGAAUCUGAAAGCGACACAUUGGAACAACCUAAAGCGCAAACCGAAGCCGUUAAGACACUAAGCACCGGAACCACACUGCCAUGGUAUGCUGAUUUUGUCAAUUACCUAGCGGCGAGAGUGCUUCCGCCUGACAUGAACUAUCAACAAAAGAAGAAGUUCUUCCAUGACCUUAAACAGUAUUAUUGGGAUGAACCCUUGCUAUUCAAGAGAGGCGCUGAUGGGAUAUUCCACCGAUGUGUUCCGGAAGAAGAGAUAGAGAGUAUAAUACAUGAUUGCCAUGAUGCCCCCUAUGGUGGGCAUGCAAGCACAUCAAAGACGUGCGCUAAGAUUCUACAAGCCGGUCUCUUUUGGCCCAAUAUGUGGAAGGAUGUCCACAUCGUUGUUAGAAAUUGCGACCGCUGUUAG